AUGAUCACGUCUUUUGGCUUUGGCGGCACCCCGGGCCACCGCCAAGGCCUUGAUGAGGCACGUAGUCAGUCAGGCGGCAGGGCACGGCGACAGGGCACAAAGGCGCUUCAAAGCAAGUCUGCAACGAGAAACUUGAUCUUGCGAACAUGGGAUUUGAUGAACUUUCAAGCAGGGGUGGUGUGCUCCCUCGACUUUGACUCACCAAUAGAGGCCAAAGAGCUGCCAAGUCAAGACUUGACAUCUUGGCUGCUGCAGUGGAAGAACCACAGAUGCACCUCCAUAGUGCCGCAUAACCAGCAGAUACAAGGCGGACGUGGUUGUGGUUGUAUUGGGCAGUGGUAA